AGCGCAGCGCACUUCGCUCGGUUCACAACGUCGCCGUCGACGUCGUCGUCGCAGUUUAAACAGAAGCAAAACAAAAGAACGGUGCAAUGUUCCUAAGCGAUCAGUGCGUCCUGCGUUCUCAAAACGAGCAGCGAAUUUUCAUGACUUUUGCUCAAGUGUAAAAAUGUGAAACUAACUCGGAACUAACCCCCAACAAUGAAGAACUCAAUUAACAACAAAUCAACAAACAAAUAAUCAAUUGUGAGACAAAGAAAACUAAAAACAACAAACCCAAAGAAACCAAAGAAUCAAGAGACUAAAUAAAGAAAGCAUGUUCGACGUGCCGCCCAAGUGUCCGGCGUUGGCCAACAAGUUGAGCGGUCUGUUUGGGUGGCGCCACACCUACAAGGUGGCCGCCAAGCAUGAGGGCAUACCGCAUGGCACCCUCCACAAAUCCUAUUCACUGACGCUGCCCAAGCGGCCGCCAUCGCCGAGCUACGAUUGCGUGAAGGAGGCUGGCUCAUGGGUGGCGGUGCAUCAUCUGCAGACACAGUCGGGCAUCCUAGAUCCCGACGAUUGUGUGCGCGAUGUGGCCGACGAUCGCGAGCAGAUACUCGCCCACUUCGAGGACUCGGGACCCGAUCCGGGAGUGCCGCAGGGCGGCGGCGAUGGCGCUUCGGGCAGCUCCUCGGUGGGCACCGGCUCACCGGACAUCUUUCGCGAUCCCACCAACACCGAAGCGCCCACCCGCGACUUGUCCACGCCACACAUCGAGGUGACGAGCACCACUUCGGGACCGAUGGCCGGCCUGGGAGUGGGGCUGAUGGUGCGACGCAGCAGCGAUCCGAAUCUGUUGGCCUCGCUCAAGUCGGAGGGCAGCAACAAGCGUUGGUCGGCCGCAGCGCCGCAUUAUGCUGGCGGCGAUUCGCCGGAACGGCUGCUGCUGGACAAGGCUGGCGGCCAGCUGUCGCCACAAUGGGAGGAGGAGGACGAUGCGGCCGCACAGCUCAAGGAGCAGCUGUUGCAGCAGCAGCAACUGUUGCAACCAGCUGCAGCCGGAGGAGGAGCAGGUCAUCAGCCCUUUGCACGCUCCGGUCGACUGUCGAUGCAGUUCCUUGGCGAUGGCAAUGGCUACAAGUGGAUGGAGGCAGCCGAGAAGCUGCAGCAUCAGCAGCAGCCACAACCGUUGCCCAGCAGCUCGCUGCCGAACAGCGCGUACUCAAGCAAAUCGCUGCCACGCGAAAGCAAACGCAAAGAGCCGCUCGGCCAGGCGUACGAAUCGAUACGCGAGAAGGACGGCGAGAUGCUGCUGAUCAUCAACGAGUACGGCAGUCCGCUGGGACUGACGGCGAUGCCGGACAAGGAGCAUGGCGGCGGGCUGCUGGUGCAGCACGUUGAGCCUGGGAGUCGAGCGGAACGCGGUCGCUUGCGACGCGACGAUCGCAUCCUGGAGAUCAAUGGCAUCAAGCUGCUCGGUCUGAGCGAGUCCCAGGUGCAGGAGCAGCUGCGUCGUGCCCUCGAAUCCUCGGAGCUCCGUGUGCGUGUGUUGCGCGGUGAUCAACAGCGUCGCCAGCAGCAACAGCAACAAAGACGCGACUCGAAGGUGGCUGAAAUGGUGGAGGUGGCCACCGUGUCGCCCACACGCAAGCCGCAUGCAGCGCCGGUGGGCACUUCGCUGCAGGUGGCCAACACCCGGAAGCUGGGGCGCAAAAUCGAGAUACUGCUGAAGAAGGGCCCCAACGGUCUGGGCUUCUCGGUGACGACACGCGACAAUCCCGCCGGCGGCCAUUGCCCCAUCUACAUCAAGAACAUUUUGCCACGAGGCGCCGCCAUCGAGGAUGGACGCCUCAAGCCCGGCGAUCGGCUGCUCGAGGUCGAUGGCACACCGAUGACGGGCAAGACACAAACCGAUGUCGUGGCCAUACUACGAGGCAUGCCAGCGGGCGCCACGGUACGCAUUGUGGUCUCGCGACAACAAGAGUUGGCUGAGAUGCCAGUUGGGACUGAGACUGUGGAGAAACAGGUCGGAGGCGCAACAGCAGGAGCAGGAGCAGGAGUUGCUCCUGGAGCUGGAGCUGGAGCAACAGCAGCGCCUGUCUCGAUUCCCGUGCAAAAGUCGAGCAGCGCUCGCUCGCUGUUCCAGCAGCAACAGCAGCAGCAGCAGGCGCAGCUCAAUGAAUCUCAGCACUUUAUCGAUGCGGGCAGCGAAUCGGCAGCGUCCAACGACAGCCUUCCGCCAAGCAGCAGCAGCUGGCACUCGCGGGAGGAGCUGACACUUCACAUACCCGUCCACGACACAGAGAAGGCUGGCCUGGGCGUCAGUGUCAAAGGCAAGACGUGCUCGAACCUAAACAGCUCAUCGGCGAGCGCUGGCAGCGUGAAACACGAUGGCGAUCUGGGCAUCUUUGUGAAGAAUGUGAUCCACGGUGGUGCAGCGUCACGCGAUGGCCGCUUAAGGAUGAAUGAUCAAUUGCUGAGCGUGAAUGGCGUCUCGUUGCGUGGCCAGAACAAUGCCGAGGCGAUGGAGACGCUGCGUCGUGCCAUGGUGAACAAUCCGGGCAAGCAUCCGGGGACCAUAACGCUGCUGGUUGGACGCAAAAUACUGCGCUCGGCCAGCUCCAGUGACAUCCUCGAGCAUAGUCACAGUCACAGCAAUAGCAGUGGCAGUGGCAGCGGCAGCGGAAGCAAUAGCAACAAUUGCAACAACAACAGCAGCUCCAAUGCCAGCGACAAUUCAGGCGCCACUGUCAUCUAUCUGAGUCCAGAGAAGCGUGAACCACGAGGCGGCAGCGGCAACGGACCUGGCAGCGCUGGCAGCGACAUGAAUAGAUGGAGCAAUCCCGUUUUGGAUCGUCUAACCGGUGGCAUUUGCUCCAGCAACUCUGCGCAGCCCACACAUCAGCAACAGCAACACCAUCAGCAACAUCAGCAUCAUCAGCAGCAGCAACAACAACAGACGCCACAAUCGCAGUCGCAGUCACAGCGUCGUCUGCCGCCGCCGCCGGCAACGCUGCGCAACGAGAGCUACUACAUGGCCACCAAUGACAACUGGUCGCCAGCGCAGCUGCAGCUGCUCAAUGGGCACGGCAACACGGCGCUGCUCAUCGAGGACGAUGCGGAGCCCAUGUCACCCACGCUGCCGGUGCGCAAUCACGAUGGUCAACACUGCAACGCGAGCAGCGGAAACACAUCGCAAGCUGGCGCCGGACAGAUGGGGCAGAUGAUUGGUGGCAUCCCAACGCCUGGAGGCGCCACAACAGCAGCAACAACAACAGCAGCAGCCGGUGGAUCAGCAACAUCAGCGGCUGCAGCUGCGGCAAACUUUGAUGCCACCUACUCAUCGCAACUGAGUCUCGAUACAAACAAUUCGGGUGUGGAACAUUUCUCACGCGAUGCGCUGGGACGUCGCAGCAUCUCGGAGAAGCAUCAUGCAGCGUUGGAUGCACGCGAGACGGGAACGUAUCAGCGGAACAAGAAGUUGCGCGAGGAGCGAGAACGCGAACGUCGCAUUCAGCUGACCAAAUCGGCGGUUUAUGGCGGCUCUAUUGAGUCGCUGACACUGACGCGCAUUGCCAGCGCCAAUGCACAGAUGGCGGCUGCGGCGGCGGGCUAUAAGCACGCCAAGACCAGCUCGCACAUUGAGCAGCGCGAGCAGCAGCAGCGGGAACAACAAAUGCUCGCCGCCGAGGCGGAGGCUCGCGAUCAGCUGGGUGACUUGGGGCCAUCGCUGGGACUGAAGAAGUCGUCGUCGCUGGAGUCGCUGCAGACGAUGGUGCAGGAGCUGCAAAUGUCCGAUGAGCCGCGUGCUCAUCAUGCGCUGCGUGCGCCACGCGGACGUGGGCGAGAGGACAGUCUACGAGCUGCGGUCGUCAGUGAACCGGAUGCCAACAAACCACGCAAAACUUGGCUGCUGGAGGAGGGCGAUCACGAGGGCGGCUUUUCCUCGCAGCGCAACGGUCCGUUCCAGAGUUCGCUCAACGAUGGCAAACACGGCAGCAAGUCGCGCGCCAAGAAGCCGAGCAUAUUGCGCGGCAUUGGACACAUGUUUCGCUUUGGCAAGAAUCGCAAGGAUGGCGUUGUGCCCGUCGAUAGCUAUGCCACCUCCACGCUGGUCUCUGCCGCGCCAAACUCAGCUCAACAUCAGCAGCAGCAGCAACAACUGCAGCAGCAGCAACAGCAGCAACAACAAAUUCCAGCUGCUGCUUUGGCGGCUCUUGAGAGGAAUGGCAAACCGCCAGCCUAUCAGCCACCGCCGCCGUUGCCGGCUCCAAAUGCAUCAGGUGGCGGUGGCGGUGGGGCAGGGGGAGCAGCCGUCAAUGGUGGCUCGGCACUCAAUGGUGGGAUUCAUCAGAACGACAUAUUCAAUCAUCGCUAUCAGCAUUACGCCAACUACGAAGAUCUGCAUCAGCAUCAGAUUAGCAGCUGCAGCAGCGAUGAUAUUGGUGUUGGUGGCGUGCAAGAGGCGCUCUCAGAGUCGACGCUCGAAUGCAUGCGACAACAGGUGAUCAGGCAGCGCAUCAAAGUCGAGGCCGAAAGUCGACGCCAUCAGCAUUACCAUUCGCAGCGUAGCGCCCGUUCCCAGGACAUAAGCAUGCAUUCAACGUCAAGCCAACAACAGCAGCAGCAACAGCCUCCUCUGCCUUUACCGCCAUCGGCAGCAGCCCUUCAGCAGCAAUCAAAUGGCGGUCUGCGUCCCAUGAGCAGCUACUAUGAAUACGACACUGUGCAGCAGCAACAGCGUGUGGGCAGCAUCAAGCACAGCAACCACAAUCACAGCCAUGGCUCGCAUCAGUUGCACAACGGCAACAACAACUCGACGCCGUCGCCCAUCAGCGUCAAUGUAGCACAGCCGCAUUGGAAGGCAGCCGCAUUGAAUGGCUUCUCGCCGGCAUCGCUCAACAGCAGUGCACGUAGUCGCGGUCCAUUUGUGACCCAGGUGACCAUACGCGAGCAGAGUGGCAUGCCACAGCAGCAACAGCAGCAGCCCACUUAUCAGACAGUGCAGAAGGCGCAAUCGCAGUCGCAGUCACAAUACGGCAGUGCUGCAGGUGCACAGCCGCAUGCCUCGAAGGUGUGACUAUAGGUGCUGGCGCAUGCGCGCGCCACACGCGACGUUCUCGUGGAGAGUCCACACAGCCGCCACUCGGAGCUGAGCGAAGUGGAGGUCUUCUACUAUGCCACCGAGUGCUAAUCGGAUGGGAAGGAGACGUUGUUUAAGACGCGUGUGAGACGCAAGCGGCCGGCAAAGCAAUUGUCAAAACUGGCAACCAGUUUGAUGCAUAUUCAUAUAUGAAUACAUAUAAAUACUUCUUUUUUUUUUUUGUUUUUUGUUUUUUAAAUUAAUGUUCUUUUUAUACCCAAUUGACAAGGGAAAGUAAGCCCACAUACACACACACUCUCUUCAUCCUCACCACAAAUCAAUAUAUUUAAGCUCAUAUUACAACAAAUUCAAAUACAAUUACAAGAAAUGAAAGUAUUCCAUGUAAAGCGCGCAAUGCGAUGCGCUUAGCUUAAUUUAAGCUUACAAUAAGCAACAAAAUUGCAUUAAUCGAUCGUCUAACUCUAAGUCAAAGACCAUGUAAAUACAUAUUAAUAAUUUCAAUUAAGUUUUGUGAGAGAAUCGAUAACGAAUUCAGUUGAAGCAAGUCUCAAAAACAUUUUGUCAAAAGUCAAACAAAUGCAACUUUCAUCAUUUGGAUUGUAUAAAAUAAACAAACGAACUUAAAUUUAUCACUUGAAAGUAUAUCAAAUCAUGCUGUAAAUAACACACACAUAUAUACACAGGCAUUACCAUUAUCAUAUUUAUAUAUAAUAAUAUCAGUAUAGUUAUCAUAAAUCUUUUUUUUUUUGUUUAGCUAUAAAGCAGUCGCCAUUUUGUGUGCAAAAGUGAAAAAUUGCAAAGUAAAACUUAAAGUCCAUUUAAUUAAUGUUUUCUUAAAUUCAUUCUGAAUACAUAUACAAUAAGCUAUGAUUAUAAAUAUAAUAAACCUAAGUUUAUAUUAGGUACAUAUAAGCCCAGCGAAAUAAUAAACUGGGCGUUUAACAAGAUGCGACUUUGGAUUAGAAAGUACUUAUUAACCAUAUAAUACGAUACGAUACGAUACACAUUCAGUAGUACUUAUACAUUUAUUAUAAUAUUUGUGUAUUAUUUAGUAUUUUGUAUAUUGCAAAAUUCUGUUGCAAAUUAAAUAUUUAAGAUUCCAUAUUCUUAUCACGAA